CUAGGGAACCCAGAAGAUCAAAUAUGAAAUAUCUUAUCUUUUUAGCUUGAAAACUAUAUAAAUAUAAUAUCUACCAAGAGUUCAUAGAGCAAAAAUAGGAAAAAGUUAUUUUUUUUUUUUAAGUAUAAUUCUCAAGUUCAAUGAGAACCCUAUUUCGUGGUCUAUUAUUAGGUAUGCAAGAUGUUUCAAUAUUACCCCCCUUUUUUCUCCGUGUACUAAGCUGGUUUUGCUGCUCCGCUCGCUACUCGCUGCUCGGCUUCUCCUUAUCUCAGUCCGCCGCUCCACAGGCUCUCUUUCUCCGUUCUCCGUUCUCCGUUCGGGCCCAGUUGCCCGGUUGGCGGCUUAGUCUUCGAGAGUUGAUCGUGGCUAACGCACCUGCGCGCGGAUCGUUGGCCGUUUGAAAAGCGAACUGCACUGUGAGUGGCUCUCGCCCAGUAUCUAUCUGUAUCUCCGCCGCUGUAUCUUUUCUCGCUUAUUGAGCGGUGUGUGUGUGUGUUUGUGUGUGUGUGUGAGUGAACUUGUUGCACUGCCAGUUGCCUCGAGAAAAGCGCUUUUCAGCUGCAACUGGCUCUGGCUCUGUGUGUGGGAAGAGUUUGGGACUACUUGAGGAGCGAAUUGGUAGCUGCACUGGCUUCAGCUCCUAUUUCAAACAAAAUGUAGAAAAACACAUUUCAGCUGCCGUGUAUCUCUCGUUCUCGCUCGGUUCGGUUUUCAGUUCGCCGAGGUUUCGGUUCGGGUUUUUCCCUCGGUUUUCGUAUCUGUGAGAUACAAGCUGUGCUUGUGCGCGAGUUGUACGUGGAUUUCGGAAGUUAAUCAACGACAAAAACAAAUAACUGAAAAUUUCCAUUCAACUGAAGAAAUCAAAACACGGUUUAAGUGCCACUUAAAAAUACAACAUUUCUACCUUAACAAAAACAAUGCCAGGCAUUUCAAUAUUGAAAAACUGACAACAAAGCCAGCAGAAACUUGUUCAAAAACUACUUGGAUACUUGAGGCCCCAGCGAUAAAGCCCCAAGAGCCACAGGCUUUCUUCUGUUUAACCCACAGGUCCAACGGAAUGUGAAGAGCGCCUCCGCUGAAAUGCCCACGGAAAGCGCAUCCAGCGACAUCUCCGCCGGAGGAGGCGGGGCAGGGGGCGGGGCCAUCCCCAUGCUGCGCCCCUCGCGGAUGGACCAGUUCAUGACCUCGAUGGCGGCGGCAGCGGCGGCGGUGGGCGGAGCGGCGGACCGGAGUGGCGCCUCCGACGGCGGCUCCUCCCAGGGAGGCGGCGACUCCUCGCGCAACUCCUCCGCCAGCCGGAUCUCGGCCUACGAAACCCAGCUGGCCUACCAGCAGCACCUGGCCGGCCUCCACGGACCGCCUCCACCGGCCCCCCCGCCGCACCACCGCGAGAUCUCCGCCUUCGUGCCCGUCCUGCCCACCGGGAAGGUGCGACCCGGCAGCAACUCCAACUACGAGAUCAUCGCCAUGAUGGCCGACAAGCGGAAGGAGCUGGCGCUGCGGGAGGCGGCUGCGGCGGCCGCCAUGCUGGGCAGAGGUCCCGGUGGACCCGGCGGUCCGGGAGUGCCGCCACCGGGCGUCCUCUACGGACCGGCCGGCGUCCCUCCGCCGCCAUAUCUCACCGGACCGGGUCCCUCGCCCACCGGCGCCGGCAGCUUCCCCUUCCCGCCGGGCGCCGCCGCCGCCGCAGCGCUCUUCCCGCCCGGUCUCGGUCCCGGCAUGCACGCCGGAUUGGACCGACGGCUCCUGCGCGCUCCUGGAAGGGCCUCCCGCCCCAAGAAGCAGUUCAUCUGCAAGUUCUGCAACCGACAGUUCACCAAGUCCUACAACCUGCUCAUCCACGAGCGGACGCACACGGACGAGCGGCCCUACUCCUGUGAUAUCUGCGGCAAGGCCUUCCGGCGGCAGGAUCACUUGAGGGAUCACAGGUACAUCCACUCCAAGGAGAAGCCCUUCAAGUGCACGGAGUGCGGCAAGGGAUUCUGCCAGUCGAGGACACUGGCCGUCCACAAGAUCCUGCACAUGGAGGAGUCGCCGCACAAGUGCCCCGUGUGCAGCCGCUCGUUCAACCAGCGCUCCAACCUGAAGACCCAUCUGCUCACCCACACGGACCACAAGCCCUACGAGUGCUCCUCCUGCGGCAAGGUCUUCCGCCGCAACUGCGACCUCCGCCGCCACGCCCUCACCCACGCGGUGGGCGAGGUGAGCUCCGGGGACUACGUGGACGUGGGCGAGGAGGACGAGGCCAGGAACCUGAGCGGCGACGAGGAGGACUCCCUGCUGGAGGUGGACUCCCCGCGCCAGUCGCCGGUCCACAACCUGAGCGAAGCGGGAGCCCCUUCGGAGAAGUCGGAGUCCGAGAGGAUGCGGCUGAAGCGCAAGGCGGCCAUCGACCAGGAGGAGAGCGAGGAGGAGUUCGACGACUUCGACGAGGAGGAGGAGCUGCAGGACCUGCCGCGCGUCCACGAUUUGGCCAGGGAGGAGGACGAGGACUUCGACCCCGAGGACGAGGAGCAGGCGGAGGCGGCCCUGGUGGCCCGCUUCCAGGCGGGCAAGGCAGCUGCCCCGCCCCUCCCACCUUCCUCGGGCGGAUUGGUGGGCAAGCCGGAGCGCCAGGGCGUGACCCACUGCCACCACGAAGGCGGCGAGACCUACACCAUGCGGCCACAUGGCGAGAAGCACCCGGAGGAGUCGGCGGGGAGCUCUGGGGUGACCAGUCUCCCGGUUCCCCCCUCCUUCGUGCGCUAUCCGGCGGCUCCUCCGCCCGGAGCUGCACCACCGCCUAGCCACCUCCCCCAGGCGCACCCGCACCUGCUGCCGCCCAACGGAGACCCCUACUUGCCCAUCCUCCACGUGCGCCGCGACCUGCACCACAAGAGCCUGAACCUCUCGAAGGCGGCGCCACCGCCGCCGCACACCCCACCCACCAUCGUCACCCAAACGGAGGUGGGAGGCAAGCCGCCCAACCAGCCGCUCCACUCGCCGCACGAGGCGCUGCCCAGCUUCCUGGGCUCCAUCCCCAUGAGGAAGCGCAUCCUGCCGGCCCCCGCCAGCCUGGACCUGCUGGACCCGCACCACCACCCCGGCCUGGCUCCCAGGAGCUUCGUGGAGGCUCCCGGCAUGUACGCCCUCAACAUGUCGCGCCAUCCGCCCAGGCAGCUCCUGGGGAAGCCGCCGAGCACGGAGACCAGUGGGGCGAGUGCGGAGAAGGCCCCACCACCUGUUGGCGCUCCCCCGAUAGCACCACCGCCUGUUGCACCACCGCCUGCGCCGCCCAGAAGAACGGGAUUCAGCAUCGAGGACAUCAUGAGGCGUUGAAAACGGGGGAGUAACUAUAUAAGUAACUAAGAGCAAAAAAGGGAAGAACCCUCUUCCGAUUUCCACAGAAAGUAGGUGAAUUUGGAGUGGAGACAAAGCACACUUAUUUAGGAAUUACUUUACGCACUUUGAGCAAUAAAUUUGCGGAUCUAGUUUGGUUGAUCUUGUGUACUUGGCCGACAAUCAAAGCAAACUGUUCCCAGAGGUCAAUGGGGUCAAAGGGUAAGCCCCAGUUGGACCCAAGGUAAUCUUAACUUAGAGCUACGUAAGUUUAGUACAUCUUAGUACAAUGUCUAGGCAAGGCAAUAAACCUAAACUAUGUAAUAGAGCAGUUACUUAAGCGAUAGUUGUAAGCGUAGGGAACCCCGUUGUUGCAUUUGUAGGAACCUAGCUUAAAUCUGCCCGAUUAUUCCUGUAAGCCUUCGAUAAGUCGAGAGUCUAUCGAUAAGCCCUCGAUGAGUGCGUGGCCAACACUAAGUGUUGCUGUCUGAGUGAAAUCCAAGCUUAAUUUAUGUUUCCUUAUCCGGUAAGCUAAUCUUAAUGAGUAAACAAAAUCGUAAGUCGAUUUCGCUGUAGGGGAAAAAUGGUUGAAAGUAAAAGUUAAUGUCAAACAGAGCAUAAACAAAGUAAACUAUGAGCAACAUUCCAGUUGAACCUUAUGUAAUUAGGCAUUGUUUUAAGAGUUUUGUAGUAGUUUUCGUAAGCAGCCCCUAGCGUUCCACGGUCUUCCUUGAAUUUUAAAUGAUUUUAUUCAGACAAUAGCAAGUUAGUUUAUUUUAAAUAAAGUUUGCAUUAAUAUUGAAAA